AUGCCGCUUGGUAUUCUAGAUGAUAGUAAACUGGAACAUGUUCCAGGAACAGCACCGUUACAUGGCCUUCAUGAGACCAACACCUACUCCGGCAUAAACCCCAGUCUUCUGAAACACGAUUCCACCGAGCAAAUCGUGCUUGUUCCUCAACCGUCCGACUCGCCGAAUGACCCUUAUAAUUGGCCCCGGGUCAAGAAAGAGCUUUUCACAAUUGCCUAUGGAUGGGGUUGUGGCUGCGUUGGGGCGGUCGGUCCACUCCUUGGUGGCGCCUUUGUCCCACUCGCUGCAGACUUUGGUGUCUCUUUAUCGACAUUUGUUUCCGCCGUCCAGGGCGGCCUGAUCUCGGCUAUUGCCGUUGGAAGCUUAAUAUUCAAUUCCUUGGCUGUGAAAUAUGGGAAACGUCCGAUUUAUCUUGGAACAACUGUUGGGCUGAUGGUGUCAUGUUUUUGGGCGGCUGAAGCCAAAAGCUUUCGCUCAUUUGUCGCUUCAAGAGUCCUUUGUGGGCUUUGCAUGGCACCUAUGGAGGCUUUGGUUCCGGCCUCCAUUGCGGAUAUCUGGUUCGUUCAUGAGCGCGGGUUCCGUACAGCUAUCUUCAACCUCGGCGUACUCGGUGGAAUCAACUUGGCGGUCCCGAUAGCGGCUGCAAUCAUUGAGUACGGAUCGCAUCGAAUUGCAUUACAUGCGAUGGGUGGUGCCUUUGCUCUGGCAUUGAUAAUGGUCUUCUUCUGGAUGCCGGAAUCCGCAUAUGUGAGAGAAACGCUGAAUAUCGAUACUGGAGAAACAAAUGGUGCCGUCGAAGAAAAGCUAGACGUGGAGCAGCUCGAAAACGCUCCAAGCACUAGAGUCCAAGCAGCCGAUGCGCGUCACUCCUGGGCCAAAGAGCUACUACCGUACAGCGGUUAUGUAAACCAUGUCUCGUUCUGGAAUACUAUCAUCCGGCCAUUCUAUCUUUUGGCUUCGCCACCUGUUCUUUGGGCUGUGCUUCUUUUCACCAACUGUAUCGCAUGGCUCGUGGGCAUUUCCCUCACCCUAUCCCAGAUUUUCUCCGCGCCACCAUACAACUUCUCCGUGAUGGGGGUUGGAGCAACGAACCUGUCGUCCUUUGUCGCAUCAGUCCUUGGUACCUUUAGUGCCGGACCCCUGAUUGAUGGCCUGGUUACCAAAAUGUCCAAAAUGAACGGCGGUAUCUUCGAACCCGAGUUCCGCCUACCGAUUAUGGUGACGUACCUUUUGUUCACCUCAACGGGUUUCUUUGCCUGGGGCCAGUCUUCCUAUGCACAAGACCCGUGGCCUGUACCGGUGGUUGUGUGCUUGGGCAUGAUCAAUUUUGGUGUCCAGCUGGGCACCACUGGCGUUGUCACCUAUAUUGUGGACUGCCACCGUGAGAAGGCCGGUGAGGCCUUUGCGACAAUGAACUUUUUCAAAAAUCUCUUCGCAUUUGGGCUGUCGUUCUACCUCAAUGGGUGGAUUGAUAACCAGGGUGUCCGUAACUGCUUCUUCACUAUUGGUGGAAUCACAAUGGCUGCUACAUUGUUCACUAUCCCUAUGUAUAUCUACGGGAAACGAGCCCGAAGCUGGGUACACCGACAUGGAAUUGCUGAUCGACUGUAA